UCUGUGAGUCUGUGUUUAGUAAGGCGUGUGAUGGUGUAAUGGAUGUAUGUGAUGUGUUUGAAAGUCUCUUCCUUAGUAUAACAAGCACACUUCUAACAAAGUGAUUGAUUUUGUGUGGAAAAGUUUUUUGCUCCGUCAUGAAUAUUCCUGAACACUGUUAAAUUAGAAGUUACAUCUUGAAAAGACAGAUUUAACACAAUAACCAUUAACAGCAAUGGCUGAAGGAAUACCGGGACGAGGCCGAGGGGGCCGGGGAGCAAUAAUUGCUAAGUUGCUGGAGAUGGAACAACGCCCUGGUCCAUCCACUUCAUCUUCCACAGCAGAUGGCUCACCUCCAGUACAGGAGGCAGUUCAGGUACCUUUGCCCAGACCCUCAGGUCGAGGUGCUAUAUUACAACGUCUUCAGCAGAUACAGGCCGAAACAAUCCAACAACCACCUAUCACUCCAACACCCCAGCUAGUGGUUGAUCCUUUGGACCCACCUCCAGUUCCCAGAGGCAGAGGGAAACUGCUAAUGACUUUGGGGUUACAAAGUCAACCAUCACUACCAGCGCCACGUGUGACUGCACCUACACCUUUGCAGAGUGUACUGAGCCAGGUUGAACCACCACCACCUGCUGUUGCAGCUUCUGCCACAUCUGAAGUAACCUCUGUCACAAAACAAUUUAGACGGAUACAGAUUGAUGCAAACAGAGAACCUAGUAUUAACAGAGGUACAACAGGUCAGGAAGUUCCUGCUACAGCUAAUUACAUCCAUCUAUAUUUAAAGGAAGGACGAGGAAUUUAUGAAUAUGAAGUUAGAUUUAAUCCACCAGUUGAUGACAGAAUUUAUUGUGAGAAAUUACUGUUUGUUCAACAUAGAGAUUUGUUUGGACGAAACAGAACUUUUGAUGGAGUGACAAUGUAUUUACCUCGAAAACUUGAUGAAGUGGACACCAUAUUGACUAGUGUGCAUCCGAUAACAAACGAAACACACACCAUCUCACUAAUCUUCAAGAAGGAAAGAUCAAUGGGAGAAUGUACUCAUAUGUUCAAUGUGUUGUUCAGCAUCAUCCAACGAGAGCUGAAUAUGGUAAAGUUAGAUAGAGAAUACUUCUCCAAGGAUCGCUCAUACUCAAUUCCUCAACACAAGCUUGAAAUAUGGCCAGGAUACGUAACAGCAGUAGAUGCAUUUGAAGGAGGAAUUAUGCUGAAUUGCAAUUCUUCCAAUAAAGUUCUGCGAACUCAGACCGUUCUGGAUGUUAUAAAAGAUAUUUUGUCUCGUGGUGGUGGAGGCGAUUGGAAAACUGUUUUGGAAAGAAUGCUGAUUGGACAGUCUGUUAUGACAAUGAGGCCUGUAAAUAUAUAUAGAAUUGAUGAUAUUGAUUUCAGUCAAAAUCCUAAAAGUACCUUCGAGAAAGCUGAUGGAACAGUGAUGGAUUAUGUUGAGUAUCAUCGAAGAAAGGAUAUUCAGAUUCAUGACUUCCAACAACCUCUACUUGUCCACAGACCUAAACCAAGCAAGAGACCGGGAGGUACUGGGCUGUUGAUGCUGAUCCCAGAGUUGUGUUACAUGACUGGGCUGACAGAAGAGAUGAGAAAUGACUUCAAAGUUAUGAAGGACGUAUCUAACUACACUCGUGUCAAUCCUAACCAGAGACAACGUCUUCUACAAGACUUUAUUGAUAGCAUCAAAAAUUCACCAGCCUGUGUUAAACUGUUGGAUGAAUGGGGACUUGCAGUACCAGAAAAAUCAAUUCGUCUGACUGCUCGAACUCUGCCACCAGAGAAAAUUUUCUUUGGAAGAAACUUUGAAGACAGGGGCUCAUAUAACGCUGACUGGAGUAGAGCAGCAAGUUCCCAACACAUGUUGGAAGUUGUGAACAUUAACAACUGGUUGGUGCUGUACACUCAGAAAGAUGAUGUAAACUCAAGAAACUUUGUGGAGAUGAUGGCCAAAGUUUGUCCUCAAAUGGGUGUGAAGGUUGAAUUUCCAGUCAUGCAGAAGAUUCGAGAUGAUCGCACAGAGACUUAUCUAAAGGGUUUGAGAGAAGGAUUGAACAAAAAUGUUCAGUUAACGGUUAUCAUAUUUCCAACAUCAAGAGAUGAUAGAUACUCUGCCAUAAAGAAAAUGUGUUGUGUAGAGCGUCCUGUCCCAUCUCAGGUAAUAAAUUCCAGGACGAUAUCAAGACCUGAUAAGCUCAGAUCUAUAGUGCAGAAGAUAGCCUUGCAAAUUAAUUGCAAGCUGGGAGGAGCACUUUGGGCUGUUAAAAUACCAUUUGCCAAAGCAAUGAUAUGUGGCAUCGACACGUACCAUGACACAAAGAACCGCGCUCAGUCGGUAGCAGGAUUUGUAGCCUCAUUGAAUCCCAAUGUCACGCGAUGGCACUCCCAGGUCUUUAUGCAGUCGAGCAACCGUGAGAUGGUGGAUGGCCUACGAACAGCACUGGCCAUUGCCCUCCAAAAGUACAGUGAGGUGAACAACUGUCACCCUGAAGUAAUAAUUUGUUACCGAGAUGGGGUGGGAGAUGGCCAGUUGAAUGUCUGUAAGGAGCAUGAGGUACAAGCCCUGGAGAAGGCUUUUGCCACAGUCAGCCCUGACUACAAGCCAAUGUUGGCCGUCAUUGUGUGCCAGAAGAGAAUCAAUACCAGAAUUUUCUUGCCGAAAAACGGAGACUUUGAGAAUCCACUACCAGGGUCGAUUGUAGACCACACCAUCACUCGGAGAUACUUGUUUGACUUCUUCCUAGUGUCUCAGAUGGUGAGACAAGGAACUGUGACCCCCACCCACUACGUAGUACUCCACAAUACUACCACAAUGGAUCCUGACAAGAUCCAGAGACUGACGUACAAGAUGUGCCAUCUCUACUACAAUUGGCCAGGAACUAUUCGAGUUCCUGCUCCUUGUCAGUAUGCGCAUAAGCUGGCUUAUUUGGUGGGCUCCAGUAUUCACAAGGAUCCAGCGCAAAUUCUUUGUGAUAGGCUCUUCUUCUUGUAAAAUGCUACAGCAUUUUUCCUUACCAAUGGUGCCUCACUCUAUAAAGUACAACAUUUUUAAUUAUAAGUCAACUUAUGCUUAUGUAAAGUUAUGUGUAUAUAUCAAAUUUUUGAACAUAGGCCUUGUUUGACCUAGUUACUGAUAGAUUCAUCCAUUCCUAUUAAGACAUAAUCUUUUGUUGUACUUAAACUAGGUUUUUUAUAUAUGAAUAUCUUAAAUGAAUGAUAUUUUGUAUAUAUCAUACAUUUCUUUUGUUUUAAUUUUAAUAAAAUAAGACGUUACCAGUGUUAUCUCUAAUACCAUUAGUUGAAAUGGUAGCAUACCAACAUUUACAACUUUUGUAUUUCAUCAUGUUAUGUUUGUUUUGUAAUUGUAACAUUAAUUUGUUUUGUGUACAUUUUUCAUGAUUUUCUUAUGUCAUCAUUUUACUUACAGAAUUUUCAAAAUGUACUUAUGACUCAUGUGUUAAAACACUUGUGUUCACUAUUGUAGACAUACAUUCAUGAUUAAAGAACCAUAUUUAGUAUUCAUCGUGCUAUUCCUAAGUCUGUAUGUUUUAUCAUCACCUAUGGUUAAUUUUCAUGUUGCUUUUAAGAUAUGGUUACUAUAUAUUGUUUAUGUUGUUGAAUUAAUGUGUUUUUAUGAUUUGUUUUAAAGGUUAUUAUUUCGAGAGAAAUAUUGGGUAAAAAGUAAGAAAUAUAUAAAAACAAAUAUGUUUGUAAAUGUAAAUACAUAUUAUGUUUAAUUCACUAUUAAUUACAACAUUAUUUAAGAUGUUUGACAUAAUUUUUUAUAAGCUAACUUAUUUUUACUUGACUCUACUAGCGAUCAGUCUUAGAAAAGAAAUGACCAGCUUCCUUUAUGUGUAAAGAAAUUGUUCUUCAAGCUUUUCCAAAUCCAUCUUUGUGCAAUGAAACACUUUUAAAGAUUAAUUACUUGGCAAACUCUGUGCCUUUAUCAAAUUGAACAUCUUCUUGACUAUAUAACUGUUAACAACACCAUUAAAUAUUUGUAAUUUCAGAAUUUGUUUAAACUGUUCUGUACUAUAUACCCUAUCAUCAUCAUCAUCUACAUAAAAAAUAACAAAUAUAUUUUAGUGCAACUUUUUAUUUAGAUUGGUUUAUCUUGAGAAAUAUCACGAGCCAAUAGGAAAAACAUCUUCCUCUAAUGAAGUGAAAUUAUAUUUUCGUAAAAUAAUCAAAACCAAGAACAAAAUCUAAUUUUUUCCAAAAAACUAAACCAUUGGCUUUUAGGCUUUUUUUAUAUUUCAUAUGUGUAUAUAAAAAAAAUGUUUCUCUUAACAUUUGAGCGCAAUGAAAAGAGCCAUUUUUUAUCUUGAAAAAAUUGUAAAUUGCACAAUAUAAAUAUAAAUAAAGUGCUUACUUAGCCCAAACAAAAUUAUUGCAAUUUGUUAUAAAAUAAAAUGUUUCACUUAAUUUAGCUUCCAUCGUCAUAGUUGAAAUACAUCUUUGUAAGAUGAGUUGGUCAUAAUGUGUUUUUGUAAGUACUGUUUUAGCCAUUAUUUUUCAAAGCAGGUAUUAAAAAAAUACAGUUUUUCAUUAUAUUUUAAUACUGUUUAUUUAUGCCUCUGUUCAUCAUAUUUGUUAUUGAUACUGUUGAAACAAUUUUCCAUAAAUACAAAUAUUACAAAAAUA